ACACAUUUACUUAACGUGGAUAUAAUUUCUUUAUUAAACCAAACCAAUAUAGGUGUUAAAUAAAUUCUUUCCAAAUUGUUAUAAGACAUAUUGUGAAUGAGAAGUAAUGAGCAGAGUUAACUCACCUAGUUCGAAUAAUAGUGGCACGUCUUCAGAGACGAGUGAAACUCAAAGUGCUGAGGAAAACAAGAUUUCGGGUAUCAGACUCUCAGAAAAUUUCGACUUACAAAACAGAGUAUCAAAGAGCUGGAAACGUAUGAAGGAUCUUGGAGGCAAUCAAGGUGGAGAGAAGGAUGAAGAAGCAAAGAGGCCUCCUUGGAGAGCUGUUAGCGUAUCGACAUUGCCAAAACCGGAUAAAAAUGCUUUGUUAAGGGCAAAGUUGCUCGAUGCUUCUAGACGUUUACGUGCGGGAAGAACUUCUAUUGGAUUACAAACAAAUUUAGAGCCAACAAAGCUAUUAAGGGAUGUUAAUUUAGGCGCACAAACAGAUUUGGUGUUUCUUAAGCAUAAAGGAGUUCUAACGGAUGGAUUCUACACCAAGAAGACAGACGACGGUCAUGAAUUUAUUUUAACAUACUCCGUUUCUCAAUCGACGGAUCCCGUGAAAGUCUCUAAUGCAGCUACUCAAACUUUACUACCAAAAUGUCCUGGUGAUGUUUUCUUGAAUUCAUAUCUUGCUAACGACGGGACAGCGAAGCAUAUAAGUCAUUUCAGCGAUGAAAAAGAGUUAUUGCGCCAAAUUUGUGGAACACGAAAUUUGGAAUUGUUUACUGAGUCAGAUUCAAAAUGUUCUUUUUCUUCGCCCAAUAGUACCGAAAAGUCACGAAAAAUCUGCACAAAAUCAAAUCUUCUACAACCAACACUUUUAUCGUGGAAUUUCAAUUAUGGGGACGUGGGUGACGGUACAAAUAAGAGCAAAUUCGUACCAUAUACUAUUCAGGCAAAUCGGCCAUGGCGUAGUUUUGCGCCUUUAACAUUAACAAGUGUUAACCAGGGUAGCAGUAUAGGAUAUGUUCCAUAUAAUUGGAAAGCUCUUUUGCCUUCUAUUGAUGAACUUAUUUACGAAACUAAUCGAUUAUUAGACAUAAUUGAGGACAACUUAUCUACAAGGCAACAUUAUUAUAAAAGAUUACUUAGUAAAAUCGAAAUUCUAGAAUUUAAGCAGCAAAAGCUGAUAAUUCCUUCCGAAAAGUGGUUGCCUCUGAUUGAAACAGAAGAGAAAAAAUUAGUGGAAAUGUCAAAAAACUUAAUGAUCAGUAACUAAAAAAUGUCUUUAAUGGCUUCUAUUAGAUAUAAGAUACUUACAUAUUUGGUAAUAAAUACAUACGUUGGCAAGUUUA